GAAAGAAGGUAAGUAAACGAGCACCACCCAUUUUCUUUUGUAUUGUCUUCUUAGUUUUGUCCCGUCUUUCACACCCUUCGUUUUUUUAGGUUUUCAUUUUUGUCUACCCUCUCUCUCUCUCUCUCUCUCUCUCUCUCUACACAUUUGCAGAUAAAUCCCAUUGCACCAUCCUUUCUCCUUUUUUUCCCUUUUUUUUUCUUUGUUCUUCCAUUUUCAUUUGUUUAAUCGGCUUCAAUCAGUUGUUUGUUUCCGGGUUUUUGUUAUUGCGCCAAGAGAUUUUCACUCCAAAGGGUUUUCUUACGCAUGUUUUGCUAUCCAUAAGAGGUUGGUGUAAAAAGAUGGAGCUUGGAAAUUGGCUACUUUGGUUGGAUAUGGUGGAGAAGUUGGUUUUCUUCUAAACAAUCAACCUCUCAAAGCAAAAGGAUCCAUCUGUUCCAAUCUUUAGCUUUGGCGUUUAAUUUGCUUUCCUGUUGUCUGCAUUCCUUAAAGUGGCUGCUGUUUCAAUUGGGGCGUGUAGUUUCCACCAUGGCAAAGAUCUUGAAAUACUUCUCUCAAAUGUUUGUUGUGAAGGAGCGUGAAAUGGAAAUUGGGUUCCCAACAGAUGUGAAACACGUAGCACACAUUGGUUGGGACGGCCCAUCUGAAAGCGCACCCGGUUGGAUGAGCGAAUUUAAAAACGGACCCGAUUUCUCAACGAGCUCCCAUGGUCGUAAUGCCAGUGAUCGAAUGGGGUCCUCUAAUCCCAUGGCUUAUUCCCCUUGGUCCUCUCAAGAUUUUGAACAACCCAUAACACGGCAACCAUCAUCCGACAUGUUCAGAAAUCAUCCUGCAACUGAACUUCCUAAUGUGCCCAAGAAACCUAAGCGAAAAAAGGUCAAAUCGUCAUCUCCCUCGGCUGGAAGAUCGUCACGAGGAUCAAAGUCGAAGGCAACUGCAUACACCCAAAUGGAGGCGACACAAAAUCUGCUAAUAUAGAAAAAAGUGCAAGAUUAUGAAAGUUUGAUCAAUCAAAGUUAAGAGAAACUGUCAAUGUGCACAUCAACAAUUCUGGAUGCCCCUAUGUUUUGCUUGCUCUGCAAGGUUCACAAGAUCGAGAAGGGAUUAAGAUCCGAAAAAUUGGACAUAGCUUAUGUAAAUUUUAGAAAUGCAUGCAUAAUGCAAAACUAAGUGGUAGGGGAAAUUUCUUGGAACAAAAGUGAGAGGGGAUGAACAUUGUGGCAAAGGGUGACAACCAGUUUAGGAAGACGACAAUUUUUUUUCCGUUCACUUUAAGUUUAAUAUGUAAUAAGCAUGCAAGUGAGGUUUUAGUUGUGCUGGUGCACGACAGGGGAAUUUUUCUUUGGGAUUAAGUUUUGAUUUACAUAUUUUAA